AAUCUCAGUCGUCAACCACAAUCUCUUCCGAACGGUAGUGUCUUCCACCAAAAGUAUUAGUAUCCUUUGAUCAGAUCUUAUCAAGGGAAAAACCUUUCGUGACCUUUCAUACUAUCAUCGCUGUAACAAACCAAAAAUGCCCCAAGCAGACUCGGUGUUUCAAUCGCGCUCGGACGGUAUUUCCGCGGAAGGUGUCCGAGAUCAGUACGCCGACGGAAAGGCAGCAAAAGUGUGGGAAAUUUUCAUAGGCGAUAAAAAAUCUCGAACCGAAAACUACCGGAACUUUCUGGUGGAGAAACUGCGUGACAAUGGUUGCCGGCGAAUUCUGGAUGUGGCAUGCGGAACGGGUGUCGAUUCGAUUAUGCUGCUCGAGGAAGGGUUCGAGGUCGUUUCGAUCGAUGCAUCUGACAAAAUGCUCAAAUAUGCCCUGAAAGAGCGUUGGAACAGACGAAAAGAAGCUAACUUCGAUAGUUGGGUGAUCGAGGAAGCGAAUUGGCUAACGCUGUAUGAGGACAUUCAACCCCUAAUCGGUGAUGGUUUUGACGCGGUGAUGUGUCUCGGCAAUUCCUUUGCUCAUCUGCUGGACAACUAUGGGGACCAACGCGAGCAGAUACAGGCCAUUCGAAACUUUGAAAAGUGUGUCAAACCCGGAGGAUUGUUGCUAAUAGAUCAUCGGAAUUACGACAACAUUAUGAACACUGGAGCAACCCCGGCCAAAUGCAUCUACUAUAAUAGCAGCCACACUGCCGACAUCAAAACUUCAGUGCUUUAUGUGGCCUCCAAACCAACACUGGUCACACUGGAUUACGUGAUUAGUACCGGAACUGGAAGUUCCAGCGAAUUUCGUCUGUCAUAUCAUCCUCACCAACUGUCAGUUUUUGAAGAUAUACUGAAAAGCAUUUUCGAGGGAUUUAAGUCAUACGAGAUCUAUGGAGAUUUCAAGCCCUUAAACAAGGUGACUGAUCCAGCCUUUUACAUUCACGUCGUGAAAAAGAAUGAAUAAAUCAUGAACACUUAGAAGCUAUUAAGAGUUACUACGUUGAAGUAAGAAUGCAGUUAAUCUCCACGCAUUAGCAAUAGAAACUAUUUCGCUAUUUAGAAUUACUUUUCAAUUAGCGUAUCUGAACUAACAUUGUUGUGGCUGGGAGUUUUCCAGCUCAGGCGAAUAAUAUAAAAACUUUUCAUUUCAAA